AUGUCCACCGAACAACAGUCGCAUAAUGAUUUCAGUUCUCGAAAAUACAUUCCGAGUCCGGUCAUCGCAGUAUGUUAGUUUUUGUUCCAUUUCCCCGUGACGAACCGUGUAAACAAUACGCAUUUACGACACGCACCGAUUUCGCGUGCGAGCAAGAGAAUAAAAAUCAAAACUUGUACAUACUUGGGGCGAAUGUACAACGAUAGUUAUGAUUGAUGGCUUAUUCAUAAUAUUUUGUGCAUUAUAUAACAAUAAAUACGAUCAUAAAUAAUAUUAUACUAUAAAUUUGUAAAUUUUACUGUGUAUCGUUUUAUAUGUGUUUUCCAAACGUUCUUGAAAAUUGUUUUUGUCGUAAUGUCUGUGAGAUUAUACAAAACAUGUGUAAAGUAUUAAGCUACAUUUAAUUAACGCGAAUACCACAUUUCAUUACGGUACAGGUAAAGGUACAUGGUAACUAUAACAGUAUAAAGUAGUGAUUAAUUCGAAUUAAUAAUCGUUAUUCUAAGGAAAAUAUAAAAAAAAAAAAAUAAAAAUAUCUUUAUGUUUUGAACGAUUUUACUAUAGUUUUUAAUUCUGGGGAAACUAUACUUGUACAUAAGUUUUAAAAUUGAACGAUGAUACUUUUUUUCACGGGAAACACUUUUUAAGAUUGCAACACGAAAUCCUAGAAAAGUUUUAUUCAGCAACUUUUCAAAAUACGUAUAUGCAAUUGAACACGAAUAAUACUUUAGAGUGGUCAUCUUUUUUUUUUCAUGCAUAAUACGAGUUUCGUAUCGAAUCGGGUAUUUUUUUUAAAGGGUGCGCUGGUACGCGCAUAAACAAAGUAUAGAAAUAUACUAUAAUAGUAGGUAUACCUAAUAUACUGCAUAAAAUCGAGUUUAAUCAGUUAGAAAAAUUAAAAGUACCUGAAUAAUUCAUUUAGCGUGAUUGUUAACAUUAUAUGUUUCGCGGCGAAAAUAAUUCAUUAUUAUGAUUGGAAUAUUGAAUGUUUGACAGAAUAAAUUAACUUAAACUUACUAAGUUUUUGACCGCAACCCGGUCAUUUGUAUUUGGUACUUAUAUAAUUAUCCAAUACCGUGUAUACAUCGAAUUCGCCGAAUACCCGAAACUCGUAAGUCAAAUUUCUAAAUCGUAAAAUUAAAAAUUGAAAAUAGUAUUGAAUAAACGAUGUAUUCAAGUAGUGAAAAGUGAACAAAUUAUUUUAAUUGGUAAAGUCUGUCAUAGUUUUUCGAUUUUCGCGAUAAAUUAUAUAAAACCGACAAACGAUGUUUUGCCAGGAUACCAACGUUAGUACAUCAUAUAGAUUAUAAUGAAAUCGAAAACAUUAAAAUAAACUGAUAAAAACCAGAGUACCGGAGUUGCGUAUAAAUUCCCAAUGAGUCGAACGUUAUACGACUCUUGUUGACUGUUGUAUGUUUACUACACGUGUAAACUGUUGUUAAACGAUUGUAAAUUAAACGAUUAACAUUUGUUUAGCCGUUUGUUUUUCCAUAUAAACAAAUCGUUAAUUAAACACGAGAGUACGACAAAACAGCCUCCCGACACUUUUUUUUUUCUUUGCACCGAUCGGACUGAAAAUCAACCUUAUAAUCCCCGUAGCCAAACAAAUCGUUUAGCGAGAAACGCAUUCCAAAAUCCGCAAUCGUUUAUGAGACAGAUAUUGCGUACGGCCGGAGAGACACGUAUAGAAUCAUAAAGUAGCUGAUGUUAUUCAAUAAUUAUAAUAUUAUUUAUGAAUUUAACUAAAAAGCGUGAACCGUUAAAAUUUCGUUAAUAAGCCUCGUGCCCCGGUAAAAUUUAAUAGCGAGUAUACGCCGUUCCUAUAAUAAUAUGACCCCUAGAGUCCAUAAAUAAUUCAAUCAAACAACGUACCCAAGUGUACUGUAACAAAAUUUUAAUCACGCGCGUCCGUUAAAUCGUUAAAAUUAAAAUGAAUUGACCCAACUCGGCCGAUUUAUAAUGUAAUAUACGCACGCACGUCUUAUUUAUAAUAUAAUAAUCUCUCCGUGUAUAUACCUAACGCCUCGUGUUUUAUAUUACACACGCACACACAGAGCAGGUGAAUUUGUAUUAAAAAACCGAGGGGCAGAGCAUAAUGUACACCAUAUAUGCUCUUAGGAAUACGUUAAAUAAUAUUUAUAGGACAAUUAUUAUUAUUAUUGUGUUUACUACGCGCAUAUUAAGGUAUACGCGCUGUUAUACGCGAAAGAAUUUAAAUUCUAAACCCCUGUUCACCAUUUAAGACGCAAAACGUUUUAACUGAAUUCGUUUUGGAUACUGGACCGUAAGCCAUAUUCGUUUUACUAAGACGCGUUUUGUUUUUCUCUCAAACCGCUUUUUCGGUUAGUAAAUAAAACGCCUAUAGCCCAUAAGCGCAAAACAGAACCUAAACUUAACCAAAAAAAUUGAGAUGCCAUAAGCGAAAAAAAAUUACCUUUUUAACAAUUCAUAAACGUAAAAACGUUUUAAAAUAAAAGUAAAGUGUAUUAUAAAAAAAUGUGUUUUUACUAUAUGCCGCAUUUUUUCAUUAAUAUCAAGUUUCGCAUAGCAACAGAUAAUAUACCGGUGUUAAUGUUGUUGACUAAAUAUUUUAAAUUACUGUUUGUCGUGAAAAUUACAAUUUUCGACUCUUCGUCACAUAGCAAAAUGUUUCAUUUCUAUGUAGUAAUUUUUAAUUGUUCGAUGAGUUCGUUCAAUGGCUACAGGAAUUGUUUGCCGACGUUUUAAAUAAGUACUGUAUAGCGUUAUCUUAAAUGAUAAUCGACCGUCGUCGUUAUUUGUUACGAUAAAAUACGAUGCAAAACUUAAAAAUGAUGAUAAGUUAAAACUUAACAUCAACUGAACUCGAUCACUGUUGUUUUUGAAAUACAAAAAUACUGUAAUAUAUUUGAGACCUAAAUAUAAUGUGUGACAAAUUUUAUAUCGAAACUUGUAGUGCAGCGGAUACAAUAUUGUAUCAGGUAAUACAAUUUAUCAUAAAGUUAGUUAUACUUAUAAAUACAGUUUUGAACUUUUGAGGUAUCAAAAUAAAUUAAACGAGUUUGCGUAGUUGGGUAUCGCCGAAAAAAAUGCUACCUACGAUUUCGCCACGAUAGUAUAUGUUAAAAUAUCCGAAUUUCCUGAAAAGACGCUGAUAUACUCUAUAUUUGAAACAUUUUUCAAGACAGCUUUUCUAACAAAAAUCUAAACAAACCGACAAAAAGUGUUCAUCAGUUAUGGUUGUGUCGAUUUCUCGAUUACAGGUGCAGUAUACCGAGUUUCACUCCGAAACGCUAUUUAAUUGAAAUUAUUCAUCGUCGUUAUCAGUUGAUAAUAUACACUAAAUCACCCUAUUAUAGUUAUUACCUUAUACACAUUUACAACUUCUCAUCUAUAACAGUGACGAAGUAUGUACAUAGCUUUUUUUAUACAUGUAGCCUUAUAUUAUACGCUUUAAGUUGUAAGAUCACGAGGACAAAAAACGCGACUUUUGUUUCGAGUUUUUCACUUUCUCGCUUAUCCGAUGUAGAUGUCUGUCUUUUUUUUAGAUCCUGAGUGAAACGCGGAAUGUAUUAGUUUUACUACGAUGAGUGCUUUACUGCUUUACAUUUUUUAUUUUAUUUGUCUGUAAACAACUUUUCUACCAGAAAUCGUGUUCCGAACAUCCACUUAAGAGAGUCGGUUUCUGGUAGGAAAUUUUAUCUAGUUGAUGCAUUGUAAUAUUUAUUUUUCGAUUUUAGUUUUCUUAAUUGGGUAAAACCGGGGAAAAAACGUAGGAUAAAAGAGAAAAUGUACGCAAUAAUGGACUCAAAUUUUUUCAGUUUUGAUUUGUUUCGCUUAAUACUUAAAUUAGAAUUUGGUCAAGUAGUCCGAUUUUUAAAACAUUCUGGUGACUUUUAAAGCUUUUUAUAAUUUUUUAGCUAUAUCUAAGACAUCAUCUACGUUUUACUUACGACUAAAAGGAAAAUUUAAUUUCAAUUACGCAAUUUUUUUUUUUAUAAGCUUUAAAGUUCAGAUUGUAUUGAAAAACAUAAAAAUCACGAAAUAAAAAAUAUUUAAGACGUGAACUUUGUUUUAUUCGUAUGUCCUGCAAUACGACGUAUGAAUAUACUGGAUUACUUUCGAUUGUAUAAUUGCGCAUAUUUAUUACGUUCUAACAAUAAUAGCAAAACACUACGGAAACUGCAGUUAUAGUCGGUGUCACACAUUCACGCGCUUAUUCGACGAGGUGGAAGGUCGAGAUGAUGUUUUAGUUACUAGAUAGGUAUAAUAAUAACCGGUAUAAUAUUAUUAUAGUGACUGCGAAUCGAUAGAGACGACUUAGGGGAACUUAGGCGACGGCAACCCACGGCGGCGGCCCGGCGACAACGGUGACGUAGAAAUGGCAGAUGCGAAUGAAUGAAUCAUUAAAUCGGACAAAAUUGGUAUCUUCUGUGGUGUUGACGUUUCGGGCGGAGCAAUGACAAUGACAGACGGGAAUCUCUGCACUUCCCUGCAGUUCAAUUUAAAAAAAAAAAAAACUUUUUUAACGAGCUUCUUUUCAGCGGGGGAUAAAAAAAAAACGUUCUGAAACGACUUCGUGGCAAUUCGAACUAUUAUUUUUUUUCUUUUUCAUUUAACAGCAAGCGAUAGCGGAACGAACGGGUACCUUUAUAAUAUAAAAGCGAGAGAGACGAAACGGGAAAAAAACUGCUUGACACUGCCGUUGACAUACACUCCGCUGCAGUAUAAUAUAUAUUUUUAUUUUUUUUUAAUUUAUAUUAUUAAAAACUCGAGGGACCUCCAAAAAAUACGUAUCCUGUAUAUAUCCAUUGUCGGUAUCAGACAUGAUGCAAUAAUCGGUGACCGCCCUCGUAAAUAAAAAUUAAACCGAAAUUUAAUGACAUAAAUGAUUUUAUGACAGAAAAAAUAAGAACUGAUACUGUUGACAGGUGUACCACUAUUGUAUGCAAGGAGUUGAAAAGUAUAGGUUACACUAGAGUUGUUUAAUUUAUAUCUGUACGAAACGUAAAUCAUUGCUAACGAAAAACGAUUCUGAGAGAAGUUCGGUUAUGAAACACAUAUUUCGAAAUGCCGUGAUUUAUAUGAUUUUUUUUUAUAAAAAUUGAAUUUUAAAAAGCUUAUAGAAAAUUAAUUUCUGCAUUCCACUCGAAUUCUUUUUUUUUACCACUGUUGAAAUAGUCAGAAUAUUUUGAAAUGUUCACCCGGCUCGUAAAAAGCUAAUAUGAAGAAUUCUGUUUUUUUUAUAAUCCGGUCUCAACGAUUAUUUACUAAAUUACAACAAUAAUAUAAACGAAAUUACGAAAACGGUUAGUGUGUGCAUUUUCUGUUUUUCCGGAUUACCAAUAAGAAAAUCAAAAAAUUACUUUUCUUACACAAUGACUGGUCAAAAGUUUGUUUUUAAAAAACACAUAACACAUAAAUAACGGCCGAAGCAACGUACUGGUAGAAACGAGUCUGGUGAACUCUGAAAAUUGAUCCGGGACAAUUUCUCUUUGUAAUCUAGUCGAGGCUAUUUAUCGUUCGGUAGACGAUUGACAAAUGUCCAUCAUAUAAGUAAAUAACAAUUACGGUUUACACGACACGUUAAUUAUGAAAAAAAUUAAGCUACUCAAUAUAACGUCAAUAUUACACAACGUACGAAUGAACGGGAACUCCGAGUACUUUUAUUUUCACUCGUCGUCCGCUCAUUUUUUUUAACGUCAUUGUCAAAAAUGCCUCCACAAGACUCGCGUUGAACUAUCUCCGUCCCCCCGUGACUCCCACUCGUAAAUAUCCGAUUGCAUUUAUUACUUUGACCGUACCGUACCGGUCGUUGUACAGGAAAUUUUGUGAGAUUCGUCUCGUUCAUUCGCGGCACCCCGGACGAAACGCCGCGAUCGUAUUCCGAUGCGUCUCCCGGGAACGCAGUCGCCGUCAUUAUAAAUAUUACAAGGCCGACCGUGUUAUUAUUAACGGACGCCGCGGAAAUGUUAAUUCCAUUCUGCGUCCGGGUAAAAAAAACCGCUCGGCGGCGGCGGCGGCGACGGUCCUUUGCGUCGUCGUCGAGCCGCCGGCACGAUGAAUCAAAAUCAACGUCUGUCGUCGGCUCGCGGAACGCGUGUGCGCGUGUGUGUGUGUGUGUAUGCGCGCGUGUGUGCGCGUGUAUUUGUGCGCACGCGAGCGUAUACGAGUGUUGUACAACUACGCGGCGGCAGUGCGGCCCCAUUAAUAACGCGUGUCCCGCGCCGCGUUGCGCUCGUCAAUAUUUAACGAACUUUACGUGUGUAUACGGUAAGUGUAUAAUACGUACACCGCGCGCGGCCUUUCGCGGCCCUGCACACUGUCGCCGCCGCCUUUUCGCGACUUUGGUUCUGCAGCGCGUACUCGCCGCCGUCGUCGUCGUCGUAUUAUUAUACGGUCCGUCUAUUAUCGGGUCGCGGCGCGGCAAAGACGAUUUCGCGUAACUCUUCCGCGCGCGCGCGCGCAGCACCGUAAUACCGCGUGCAACGCUGCCGCCGUGUAACGUGUACGUACACGAACAUCUACACGCACGCGCCGACAACGGAGACCGGAAGACGGCGAGCUGUGUGUGCCGCGCGUAUAUACCGCCGGCGUCCUCCGAUCUCCGCGCCGCUAUAUUACGUCCGUGUACACGCAUACGCGAGAGUAAACACACUGCACGGUCACGAUUAAACAUUUAUUGUGUUUGUUCGGAAGCAGAGUGUAGCGGCGGCGGUCGUGUUUGUAGAACGCAGAGUGUAUUACGCGCGCCGCGACCGUGGUACGAUGACGGCACGGUAGCGUACCACCACGGGGCACGGGGUUAGCGGUAUGCGGAGCACACGGUUCGUCUCGCCGUGCUCCGCCGUUAUUAUAUUAUGUAGAAGCGCGCCCCGUAAACACGCGCACACGCGCGCGCGCGCCGGGCCUUUCGCUGCACGUCCCGCAAUGUCCGGCCCGGAAAAUGAACAAUUUGUUUGCCGGGCCGGGGCCCCUCACCGCGCGAGCGAACCGCCCCGUCCGCCCUUCACCCGCGUCGUAAACCGAAAUCGCAUCAAAUCCGCUCGACGACAGCACACCGCGCCCGCAACCCGCGCUGCGCGCCGUGCCCACCGCCCGCGAGCACUACAACGAAUCCCAUGCACCGUCCUUUUCCCCGUCCGUCCGGCGGAGGGGCGGCCCAAGGUCGAAACGCGGUCGUUUAAAAGCGGUAGCCGACCGUAUCGUCUUUACAUAGGUAUUAUUAUUAUUAUUAUUAUUAUUGUUAUACCGCCGACACGGUUGCGGUAGUCGCGGUAUAUCCUACCGCUGUAUCGCGACGCGGUGAUUGAUAGACGGCUAAAAGUCACUGCCGGCGCACGUCCUAUUUUCUCGGAGUCCGGCACAAAUGGACGCGGUCGGCCGGGCGCGAAGAACAUUCGGACCCCGGACUAAAAAUUAACAAAUUAGCGAUUGUGUCAAAUUAUCGGAAUAACGUUGAGUUUUCAAUCUUAGCAAAAAUUAUUUUCCCGUUGACAUUUUCUUCCAAUAAAUGUGUUCGAGAUUCGGCUAUUGAAAUAAAUGUCUUGCAUAGUCAAAACCUAAGACCUACAGCAAAGACCUUUUAGUAGAUGAAAAAUCACGUCGGUUACUGGUCAGUAGUAGAAACAAUAGAAGGCGUGAAAUGGAAAUAGCCACGUUGCGGUCGUCUCGUAGAUUAUAUUUGGUUGGCAAUAGUAAUUCGUUUAUCAAAUUUCUCAUCUCUGACAUCUAUAGCGAUAUUAAAUUGUAAUAAUACAUUGAAUAAUACAUAGUUAAAUGUCAUUUUUCGCACAUACAGUAAUAUAAAAAUAUAGUUACCAGUAACCUAUACUUAGAAAUAUUGGAAAAACACCCGUAUUACGAAAGUUUAAAUAUUUUUACCAUCAGUCAAGUAGCGAUUUUCUAUAUAUAAAGAGUAAAAAAAUUCGUUUGACGUGCAGAUAAGCCAAUGUGAAAUAAAAUAAAUCGACGAGUUUCUACUAUAUUAUAUAACAAUAGGUAGGUAUAUACGUGUAAUUUUGAAUCGUAGUCGUUUUACUUUCGACGAUAAUCGUAUCAAUAUUCUAACGUUAAACGUGAUCGGUAUAAAAUAUUUAAAUUAUUCGGCAAAAAGUAACAACUGAGCAAGCACAAAAUAAAACUUUCGGAAAAAAUAUCUAGGCAUAACGAAUAAUUCAAAAAAGCGAGCAAAAAGAAUUACAAUAUUUCAAAGCUAUACACUCGUUUCAUUGAAAAUUCGAUUUUUGGAAAUGAUACUGCAAAGGGUAUCUUUUUAUAGGAUAGCAAUAAUUAUUGCAUAAUGUAAUUGAUUAAUUAUUCGUUAUUACGCUGUACGUAUUUAUUUAAACCGUCUCGAACUUUUUUAUUCGCAAAUUUCGAAAAAGAAUGAAAUAAUACAAUAAACUAAUAAUACUAAUGCAAUCAACACCUAAUUCAAUUAAUAAGACCCUCAGGACUCAAGAAGGUGUAUUAUAUAUUGGAUGCGACUUGUCCGUAAUACUCGUACUAUAAUAAAUGUAUAAUCAAAUAUAAUUAUAAUAUUUUUCAUGGUGUACACAUCAAGUGUCAACACAUCAAGUAAAUAAUACUAAUUGAAUAUUAAUUAUAAUAUAAUAUUUUAAGUUGGGUAAGGGUGCACAUCUCAACAUCUGUUUUACUAAAGAAUUUGAUUGAUAUAUCACUAAUAUCGGGUUUACAGUUUAUAAAUUAUAAAAAUUUAAAAUUUAGACUAAAGAACUAAGGAAAAGUAACAAAUUCAUAAAUUCUAAUGACCUUUCAUAAUUUAAUUCAUAACCCAUAACAACUCCACUCCUCUAGUUUAAACUUAUAAAAUUAUAACUCUUAAAUUGCAAGUUCGAUAUUAUAAUGUCAGAUAAUACUAUAGUAUUACACCUAUUAAUAUUAUUGGACAACUAUUCUCUAUUUAAAUCUGUAUUUAAGAAAGGCAAUUGCUAUUUUUAAAUCCAAAUUGUAUUCUAAUUUUUACAGGAACUCCCAUAAGGAGUAGAGUUGAAAAUUUGCAAAUUGUGAAAACUUAAGCUUAAAGGAUUUCAUAAAUAUUUAAAAAAAAAAGUAAUGAAAUUAAUUGAAAAUCCUUCGAGAAAAACACUAGUUUUUAAUAAGUGAAUUAUUACCUGUAUUAUUUAUAGUAUACUACAACAAAUAUGCUUCUAUGUUUCCAUUCAAGUGAAUACAACUUUUUUUAAUGAGUUAAAUUUGAAAUAUUUUUUUUCGAAAAGAAGUUGUACUCUAAUGUUGAAAAAACGAUUAUUUCGUUUAUUUCGAUUAAUUUGUGAAAUAGCUACCAAAGAUGUUAGGACGUUGGGAUAACGAUUAUGCAAAUAGUAAAUGUAAUUUAAAUAUAUAAUUUUCAAAGCACUAUUAUAAUAGUUUUUGACUAUUUAUCUAAUGUUAGAAACAUUCGUUAAGUAUUUAUAUUGUAUUCUAAAAAUUAAUAUUGCAAGUUCAAUGCAAGCUGUUAUUUAAUUUAUUAUCUCGUAGCGGUUAUACAAUUUCAGAAAUCGUGAAAAAACAAUUGGUCGUAUAAUAAUUUGAGUUUGCUUAAAAAUCGAAUAUAAAUAUCUUGUAUUUAAAAUACUUAUAUUUGAUUUUUAUCUUGUAUUUAAAAUGAUAAAUUCGUGUAAAUGUUAAAUAUUUGAUAUUGAGUUGUACAAGCAAGACUUAAACAUUAUUUUUCGAUUAAAAAAUAAUAAGUACUGACUUUCGCUCUCUAAUCAUGUUUAAAUAAUGAAAUCAUAAUUACUGAACAUAAUGUUAAUUGCUAAAAUUUUCUUUCUAACACCUAGGGUUAUUGUGUUUGAAAUGUAAUGCAAUUAUUUUUACACCUAAGUUGUAAAAUUAUUUAGAGGUGAAUAUAGAUUUUUAAUUUAACUUGGAAAUAUACGUUGCUGACGUAAAAGGUUCUUUAAGUAUUAUUAUGACUUUAGUGGCGUUGAGCCUUUAAUAUAUUGCACCUUAAAAUCCCUUGACGAAUAUUUAUACUCAGAUACUGAAUAUUAAGUGUCACGUUUUGGAACUUAAACAAUAAUAUUAUUAUUAUAUUAUAGUCUCAUAAGCAUGGCUGUUGACGAAUUUCCCCGUUGCAUUAUAUUACGAUCACUUUUAUGAUAAAUAAAGCCCGUUGAAUUUAUUUUAUACUUGAUGCAAGGUAAGGUCACAUUGUAUAAUAUUCCAAAAAUAAUAAAAGUAAAUUAACUUAUUAUUACGUGACUGAAAUAAUAUUGUUUUAAUACCUAUAACCCACUUACACAAGACUAUAAUAAAUACGAAAUCCUCUUCACUGUUAAUAUUGUGCGAUGAUAUUAUAUUUUGCGCAAACGAAUGUGACGGAUAUCAUCUCUAAAGGUCAAGAGUGUAAGUUUAUUUUGUAAUAAUACAAAACAUGAGAUUUAUGUUAUUAUUAUCUGCAACCUGUACAGUGACUGAAAACAUUUUAAAAAAUAAUUUCAAAAUUAAAUUGUCUAUAAGGUUCGCCCACCUAUAAUAAUAAUAAUAAUAACACGCUUAUUUUAAUAAUAUUAGUACCUACCAAAUCAUUUAUAGAAUAAUUAACGUUGAAUUUUUAAAUAUCUAUAGUAGUUUGAUACUAAAUUGUUAGAAAUUUAUUUUUAAAUUUAAAUAAUCUUUACGUACAGAUUACAGUAUAUAUAUCUAUAUCUAUCUGUAUACACUAGUAACUAGUAAAAAUAUCCAGAUCCAUAAUAACCGAGAAAAAAAUAUCCAGGCCAAAAAAAUUUCCGAGAAAAAAGAACAUAAAAAUAAAAAGCUGAUACUGCUGAUAGGUGUAGUAUUAGGUGUUGUAAGUGAGAAGCAAGUUAGGAUACAUACGAUUUUCGUCAAAAUGUAAUCUUACAUCGUUUAUUUUUUUUUGUCUAUGAACAACUUUUCUCAACCUUACCUUACAUUUAUUUUCGAUUAAUUUGCUCCAUUUACUUCGUCUGAAUAAAGUAGUAUUUAGUAUUCAAAUAUUAUAAAUUUAAAAUGUAUAUUAGUAUUAACACUACGCUGUCAAUCCGUAAUUUUUAUCCUUAUCAUUUUGGAAUAACUGUGCCCAUCCCACGUUAUUUUUAUAGCGAUAUUUGUUUACACUAAAUAUUUAAAAAAAAUUACUCAGAAAAAUGCAAUAAUAUUAUUUUUACAAAAAUAAAUGAUUACAUUUUUCGGCGAGACAAUUUCUGUUAUUCAUUGCAUCAAAUAUCUCAUAUUUGCGUUUAAGAACUUUGAUCGUUUUAAUAGUGUGUAUUUAUACACGUUGUUUUUAAGUUUAUGUUUAAAAUGAACAAUAUAUAAGUACGAGUAAAAUAAUACAAAACACUUGCUGCAGUUAUGUCACAAGAAUAAUAUAAUGUACCAAGUGCCCUUAUUCAGUAAAACUUUACCCCCUAUCCUACGCAAGUAUAAAAUGACCCACAUUAGCUUGUCUUUGAAUUGUUCCAAAACUUAUUUUUAAUGUAUAUAUAUACACGAGUUUCCUUUGUAAUAUGUUCGCAUCAUAUUCGCAUUGUAUUAUAUCCUUUAGAAUUCUCACACUCGGCUAUAAUAUAAAACUUUUAUUUAUCAAAUACGAAUUUAUUAUUUGUCGCGUCCAUAUGCUGUCACAGCAGCAAUUUUUUUUUUUUUUUUUUGUUAUUCAAACAAAAUACAUACAUUUCAUUUGUUCCGUUUUUAAAUCGAUAGUAUUGAGUGGUACGAUUCUAGUAAUAUCAGUGAUUAUUAUUUGCAACAAUAUUUAAAAAAAAAAAAUUAUUUACAGUAGUAAAAAUACUCAAAUAAUACUCGAAUACAAAUAAAUACUCGAAUAUAUAUAACUGAAUUGCUUAACGUCCAAUACACACAUGUUUAGAGUGGUUAAAUCGUUUUAAACCGAUAUCUUACAACCGUCUAAAUAAUUGUUCAAACUAAAUCUAAACUUAACUCGCAGUAAAUUAUAGAUUAUCUUACCUGUGAUUUUAUGAAACUUAUUAAUUGUACUUAUUAAAAUGUAAUAAUUACGAAUUUCUGUUUGUCUUUUUUAAUUUGUAACUACAAAAUAGUUAAAAUAUUUUAUGCGUUUUUAAAGAAUUUUAAAAUACACUUGAACACAAGCUGUAGAUAAAAAUAAAUUAAAACACUACUAUAGAAGCAUUAAAACAAAAACAAAAAAAACAUUGACAAUUUAAAUAACUCGAAAUUUUCAGAAUAUAUUGAAAAUUGUACCAUAUACUUAUGUGAUGAAAAUUUAAGGUUUUUACGAUUAUUUUUAAACGAAUUACAAAUAAUAAAAACAAAAUCAAAAUAACAAAAACCAUUAUCGCCUAAAUAAUCCUGUUUUCCAGACGUUUUUUCCAGGGAUUUUUUCAUUUUUCGAAUGACCCGUCAUUGCUCGCAUGUGAAAAAUUCCCUCACAUAGUUUUUAAGUUGAGAACUACUGUCUUGCUAUAGUUAUAUCUUCUCUGAAUUUAAAGGGCCCUAAAACAACCUAUUUAAAAAUAGAUUUAUUGAAAAAACAGUGAAUUUAUCGGUCUGAUUAGGAGACAUAAGUAAUGUUGUAUUCGGAAAGAAACAAAUCGUAUUGUGCGAUCAAACUCUUCUAUAAAUGAGGUUAGCAAAUCGCGCGAAUAAUUGUGUUCAAAUUAUGUGUCUCAACACAUUACACAAUGGGUUAAGAAUACAACAAAGAAAAUCAAAAAAUUAACCGCCUCAGUGCACUAAUUAUAAACAUAAAGGAUAAACCCCGGGAGUUUUCUGGUAUAUAAACUGUUUUCAGACAGAAAAUAAAAUUUAAAAAAAAUUGAAAAAAAAAAAUCGUAUUUUUCGUCUUUUUCGGUUUUUCUCAAUUAUUAUAUAAACUACUUUAGAUAAAAACAAAUGACUUUCUCUGCCGGUGGUUACAAUAUAUUAAAAUGAACAAAAUCAAUGUUUUGUAAUUUUUAGAUUAAAGCGAUAUUUUCGGCAGAACAUCGUGAACAAAAAUUAAAAACAAAGGCCACGGUACGCCGUAAAUAUUUAUCUAUAAUUUUCUUUCGGGUUUUUCAAAAUUAUUUGAUAACCCAUUUGAAAAUCAAAAAAUGACCCGUUUAAUGCAUCAAAUUAAUAAAAUUGCCUUUCAGAAAACGUGCGUUUUAAUGUAUACAAUGUAAUAUAUCGGAUUGUUGGAGACUAUUUUUAUUAGAAAAGUUAUUUACAGACAGAAAAAAAAAUCCACAUCAUGGUAAAUAAAUCAAUAGACCCCUCGCUACACCACAAAUCUAAAAUCGAUUUCGCUACGACGUUCCAGUCGCCUCUACGGUUUUCACAUAGAAAUAUAGAACCUACAGAAUCUUACUAAUAACUAAUAAGAUAUGUUUUAUAAAAAGAGAAAACGUUUGUUUGCAUACGUCAGCGAAAAUCUCGAGAAUCACUUGACCGUAUCCGACGAUUCUUUUUUUAUUCGUUCGAUUCGUAUUGUCGUCACCGGACGGCGACGUUCUCGUCGAAAUCGGUUGAGAUCCCGUACGGUCGCUAAUACAAAACAUCAACACACGGCCAACGUACUGUGCGAUACAACUGUGCGAUUAAACUCGGUAUUAUUUUGAUGGUCGGACGAAGGCUGCGGCGAACUGGCGGGUAGAGGGCGGAGCGGGUGUGCAAACCCGGUAUAAUGUAAUAAAUAAUAAUAUUUUUUUUUACGACGCGCUGGACAACGCGUAUAUUUCCAUAAUUAUAUUAACUUUAUUGUACAAAAUAUAAUACUUUAAUAUAAAUAAUAUUAUGUGGUGUUAUUUUUUUGUUGUCGGCGUAAAACGCGUCAGCCGUGUCGUUUCGUACACAUGCCAGUCAUACGGGUAGCCGCGUACGCGGCUGUAAAAUGACAAUAAUCGUUAUUCCGGACGAUCGGACCGAUGGCUACUCGCCACGGCGGUAACGGCCACGGUAAACGUCGGUAUUAUAACAAUCGAUUUGUGUAACGACGGUGGCGGUGCCCGGAACGUGAUCGCCGCGGCGCCGGGCGUCCAUCGGGUGCGAACGAUAAUGACAACAAAAUAGCAUAACGAAUUAUUAUUAUCGUCCGGAGCACGGCGGCGGCGCGUGGGUGUCGGCCGGUGGCGGUUUUCGGACGGCGUGUAGGAGGCGGCGGAGAAGAAGGCGACCGCAAUAACGACGACACAUCGGCACGACGACGGCGGCGGCGGGGCGGGCACGGGGGUCGGCGGCGGCGGCGGCGGCGGAGGCGAUCGCGUCAUGCGUGUCGCGUCUGUCCGCGGGGUCACGCCGACGCGCGUCGUCCGUGAGCCGACCGGAUUGGGCUAAUCCCGCAACGUCGUAUAAGCGGCCGUACGCAUUCGACGACACGAACGCGCGCGCAUGCACACACGUCGCACACGUGUCCGACGACAAUUAUUAUUAUUAUUAUUAUUAUUAUUGUUAUUAUAUCGUAGUCGCCGUCCCGUUUAUCGCGGCGUGAGAGAGAGGGGCAGUGUGCGGAGGGCAAAGCCCGAGGAGGAUCGAGGCGAAGGUCCGCGUCCCGGGCCGCAAGUCCGGCGAUGAUUCGAAAACCCCUCCACGCACCGUCGGCCGCCGACGGCUGUUUAAAAUAAUUCGAACGACAGUACGGUAUUAUCGGACGUACGUUUCGCCGACGCCGCGCCGUCACGUUCGAGUUUUAUCGUUUUCGAAAUGUGUUCAUUAAUUUGUGUUCCGCAAACCACCCCAUCCCCCGUCCCUGUGCCGGUCUAUUGCGAAACUCAAAUAUUCGUACGAAUAUUCGCCGAGAAACCGUCGUCGUUUUUAAGGGGAGGGGGAGGAGACAGCACGAACGAUGAAAAUGCCCGCGCAAAUCACCCGCUGCAAUAAUUAUCUGCGUGGGAAAUCUAUUGAAAAUUCUAAACGAGCGGUCGAUAAGUUCGUUCUGUAAACGAUUAGAUUAAAAGGUCUUUUUGUUUGUUUCGCGCGAAAAGAUUUUCGCCAAGACCCAGACAUCAAUCGUCACCGCAUCUUAAGGGGUUUUGAUUCUGUGUUUUUCCAUCUUUGCCAAACACACGCGCAACUUAGGAAUUUAGACGCGUUAACAUUCCGACGUACGGAUUGAUCCGAUGAAGCGAUGCUAAUUCUGAAAACAGCCGUUGAAUUUUUCGUCGAGUUUACUAUCGAUUUUGCCGCAUUUUUCUUGGAUUUUAUCCUUCUUAAUCCUACAGAAAUCGAAUCAAAUUCCUUAAAUUGAUUAAAAUCGAUCUCGUCACUCUGGACUAAGGAAUAUUUGUAUCGCUUCACACUCGAUUGAUCGGUACACGCCCGAAUGAAAACACGUCUAAUAAUUCCUGUGCGGCGAACGAGCGUUAUAGACGAAUCACGGCUCCAAUCUUCUUAAGGAAAUUUAUAAACGAGAACGUACACAGUUUAAUACGUAUAUAUUUUGUACGGCGAUUUCGAUUCCCGCUAAUAUUGUUCUUCUGGACUGAUGCUUUUUCUCAUAUUUGUGUCUUGCCAUAUCGAACUCAUUUCAACUCUUCAUCAAAAAUGAGUACAGACGUUCGGAAAACAAUUAAAACCGUUUGUAUCGUCCUCUCUUAUAAACUGACACACAAGUGUGCUGGAAACGCCCGAAACAUUUCGUUAACUCACAAUGGAAUGUAACCCAGUAUUUCGAUUUGAAAUCAUUUGCUAGUAAGCCGGAAAACGAUUACAUAAAAACAAAUCGCGUACAAGUACGGUGAAAAUGCCCGACCGAAAGAACCGGGAAAAUAGCCGGUGCCACGGUACAGAAAAAUCGAAUCGCGUAACUGCGACGUGGCGUACAAGACGUUCGGCCGUCGCAUAAUGAAUAAUCCGAUUUCGUCAUUACGCUCCCGUCUCUCUCUUCCCCCUCACCCCCCCCCCCCCCCNCGCAUAAUGAAUAAUCCGAUUUCGUCAUUACGCUCCCGUCUCUCUCUUCCCCCUCCCCCCCCCCCCACGGUACUUAUUUCUUUCGUGGCGAUAAUAAUCGCGCGCCGCAUACACACACGAACGUAUCGUUGCGUCACUAACACUGUCAUCGUGCACACGGUAUCAUAUCGCAAAAUCCGUGUAAUGUACUAAAAAACGAUAACGUUUCGAUAAGCAUUCGCGUACGUGUCUUACGCGCGCGAUUCGCAGAAACCCGGGCGUAAGACGCGAUCGUGUUCUCUGUGCGAACCGAAAACAACGACACGAUUUCUCCCUUCGCGCCCCGACAACACAAUAAUAUUAUGUCAUCCGCUGACGUCUCGCAUAAUAUUUUUUUUCCGCGCGAUUCCGCAUAGACGCAUUAUGUGUUAAUAUUGUCGUAUUACUGUCGUCGUGUUCGCCCCGGGGUUUUUUUUCCCCGUCGACACCAGCCGCCGCGGGAUUUCGAAACAAAUCCUGCGUCGGACGACAAUAAUACGCGGCCCCGGUCGUCCAACAGGUGUCCGUUUCCUUUAUCUCUUUCCCGUCGCGCCCGCACUGCCCGUACAUUAUAUUAUUAUUAUUAUAGGUGCAGCAUGCUCCCGGAAUUCGAUUUCGACCGGAGUCGCCUCCUGUCCCGCGUACGAUAUACGAGCAGACGGAUUCUACGAGCGUAUUAUAUUCGCUGUGCGAUUUGCUAAUAAUUGUGGCGAACCCCCCCCCCCCCCCCCUCCCGUACAUAUCGAGACGGCCGUGAAAUCCGCAACCUCGACGGAUUUACGAUCGUGAACGCAAUCGAUAUUCAUCUGUGGGCUCAAUUUACCAACGCCCCACAGUCCACAGAUGGACACCGAUUGGGUCGAAACAAAAUACUGACAACGAGACUAUAUAUUAUUAAGAGAACAUAUUAUGACGAAGUACAAUAAUAAUAAAAUUAGUGGAAUUGACUUGAUUAAAAUAUAAUACUUAAUGCAAAAUUAUUUUAAAUUGAUUUAUUUAGUAAUAUUUUGUAUUGAUUGUUAAUUUACAUUAAAUAUUUCAAACCGUGAAACGACACUGCACUGGCGUACCUAGAUUCGUCUUAUAGAGGACGGUGAGCGGGGAAGGUAAAAUUGAAGGAUGCGAUGUGUUCAGACAAUGCAUUAGAAAAAAAAAGUCACGUGAUAACUGCACCAAUGUUAUUAAUAGAUUUGGCUAAAGGGCGUUAUACAUUUUUUAAUCGAUAUAUUAUAUUUUAUUGUAAAAUGCAUUUCAAUUCAUAAAAUAAGCAACUUUCUUUUUCAAUCAAGAAUCCUCCCCCCAUCCCCGAUAGCACUAUCAUUUUCCGUUUUGAAAAGAUCAACGGUUUGAGUGAUGUUAUGGGUUUUUUACCAUUCUUAAAAUUUCGAUUACAUUAUUUUUUAUACUAUAUCUAUUCUGUGGGCUGUGAAAAUUGCGCAAUACAAAACACCAAAAAUAAUGUUCGUGUAUUGUUUUAUAAUAAAAUAAUAGAGGAAAAACAAAAUUAUCGAUAUAGUUAAAACUCGUAAAUAAAUAUAUAAAUACAAAAUGUGUAUACAUAUACAAAUAAAAUAAACAAAUGAAUCAAUGCGUCGUCUGGAGUAUUAUGAUAAGUGUAUUGUACGGCCGAUUUCGAAUUAAAAAUUCAUUGUCAGAUAUAUCACAGUCAAAAUGUAAAACGCGACUGAAUAUAAAAAAAUUAAAUAUAAGAAUACAUAGAAAAAAGUAUUAUACAAAUUGGUCGUUUUACAUAGAACAAUAUAUAAAAAUAAUUUAAUUUAAUAAGAGAGAUUAUUUAAAAUUAGUUAUUAUUAGACAUAGAUAUGUUAAGAUAUGUUAUCAAAACUUAUGUUAUGGUUAUUUUCUAAAACAUGUUGAGCGAAAUUUGAAUUAGGGGCGGUCUUUUAAAUUUUAUUUCCGAAAUGUGUUCUUCACAUCUAAUUUUAAAAUUUCUAUUUGUCUUACCUACAUAAAAUACAUUUCAGUUACAUUAAGCAAGUUUAUAUAUAGCAGCGUUUUCAAAAGAAGGGGGAUUUUAUGAAGUUUUUGUUCUAAUAUUUAUUUGUUUGAUUAAAUUGUUAUAUGUCUUAAAAGCGAUUUUUACAUUAUUUGUAUAUAGUUCAGAAGUUUAGCAUAUUCGUUAGACAUAUUAUUUUUAUAUUUCAUAUUACAAUAGUUAACAUUAUUUGGUGAAUUGUGUAUUAUUAGAUUCUGAGCAUAGGGAGAAAACUAUUAGUUUUACUAAGAUUUUUUUCUUUCUUUCUUCUAGUCUGUGGACACGUUUUUUCUAGUAAGGUUGCUCCGAUUUUAUGUAAAAGCAAUUUUUCUGAAAGCUCAAGUUAUCUGGAUAGUGUUUUAAAAAGGUCAUUUUUUUGGUUUUUGAAGUCAUAUUUUAAAUAAAAUCAUUUAAGUGGGAAAAACGUAGGAAAACGUAUAAUUUCCCGAUUCCAUUAUUUUAUAGAAACAUGGAAGACAUUUUCUAUCAGAAAAUAUGAUUUAAUCAAAAAUCACAAAAUACCUUUUUUGUUGCCUUUUUGAUUUACUUUCUUACGGUAUGAUCACCAAAACUUUUGAGUCACUUUUGAACUUUUAAGGAAUUUUAAUGUUUGGAAGUUUUUUGCUGUAAUUUGGUUAUAAAUACACGUAGAGACUUAAAACUUGGUAAUAAUAUUUAUGUUGAACUUACCUAGACGUGGUAAAAUUUCCAAAAUCAUUGGAUGAACUUUUUUUUUAAUAAACGUUUUGAAAACAAAUUUAAACGAAAAUCGCGAAAAAAAAAUUACAGCACUUCAAAUUAUGUAUUACAGAGUUUCGCUCCAAAUUGUCUUUUGUCAAGCAAUAGUUUAUCAUUGCUUACAGAUAUAAAUGAAAUAACCUUAUGUAUCUCACCUACAACAGUGGCCGCUCCCAUCUCCAGUAUCGGCUCUUAUUAUUAUUUUUUUUUAAGACGUUUACAAGUUUUUUAAUAUUAUUCAAAUUUAAAUUAUGUCUAUGGGCUAUAUUAUAGUUGAUACUGAAUUUGUGUUGAUAAUUGUGUUUAUUUAAUGGAAUACUUUCAAGUCUAUAGAAUAUUGAAUGAAAAAAUUGUAUUUUUUGAGAAUAAGGGCGAUUAGAAUCAUGUGGUAUUAUAGUACCAGUUUAUAUAGGUUUCCUGUAAAUACUAAAAUCAAAUUUAUUGUUUAUUAUGGAAAAUGUAAGAUCGAAGAAAUUUAAUUUAUUAUUCAUUUAUACUUCAAGUGUAAAUUUAAUAUUUUUAUUUAUUUUGUUUAAGUAGUUAACUAAAUUGUCUGCUUGUCUAUUUGAACCUCUAAAUACAAUGAAUUUGCCAACAACAUACUUGCUUUUAUAAAUGGACUGUAUAUAUUGUUGUUAAUAAUAUUAUUGGCUUCAUAAUUUUAGAUGUAAAUUUCAGAUAUUUUCAGAUUUUGUUUAAUAAUAACUAAUUUUAAAUAAUCUCUCCUAUUAAAAUAAAUUAUUUCUAUAUUUUAAAACAACCAAUUUAUAUAAUUAUUUUUUUCUAUGUAUUCUUACAUUUAAUUUUUUAUAUUCAGUUGCAUUUUACAUUUUGACUGUGAUAUAAUUGAUGAAUUUUUAAUUCAAAACCGGUCGUAUAAUACACUUAUCAUAAUACUCCAUGCAACGCAUUGAUUCAUUUAUUUAUUUUAUUUUUAUAUAUACAUUGUUUUAUUUGUAUAUUUAUUUACUUAAUUUAUUGUAUUAUACUUUUUGUCAUCACCAAUCACAAAACAAUAAUUUAUUAAGUCUGCGCGUUUACUCGAUACAUAUCGAUGUUAAAAAAUAAUAAAACAUCGAUUAAUCGAUAGUAUCGGAUAUCAGUUAAGUUCUAUCAACGAACAAUAUAGACGCGACACUCGAUCAACUGAUCGAUUUUUGUUUCUGUGAUCUGAACUAUGGAAACGUUUCCGUUAAUCAACCUAAAUGUUUCUGGCUCGUUGGAGUAUAUAUUCUUUUAGGAAUUUUUACUGUUCGAUUAUCGAGUAUUUUCGGUUUCAGAGACUCAAGGUCAUCAUUGUAUUUAACACUGAGUCACUAAAUAUAUGAAGUAUUUAAGACUUGGUUAAUUAGUUCUAUCGAUUAAUCGAGUAUUCCGUCGAUAUCGACAUUUAAUUGUAUUGAUGACAUUGAUAAAAAUUAACAGUUUAUAUUUUUUGUGGCUAUUACCGUUAUCUCGCCGUCAUUUCACAACAGCUUAUAAACAUAAUAUUUUAACGUUCCAUGACAACCACAACGUAUAGUCGUUUAUUUCAGAUAUAUUUAUAUCGGUCUUAAAUUAACCGAUACUAUCGAUUAUUCGACAGUACUAUUGAUAAUGUUAAUUUACCGAUAGUAUUGAUUGAUUGAGCACGAUUAUUUUAAGACAAUCGACCAUCGAAUAUUACGAAUGACUUUCGUACAGGACUAAAGCUUCCCAUACACUGCGAUGAAACACGACGGUUUUCGUCGUGCUGCAUCGUCAGUUGUAUACACUUCGUGUUGCAGAAUCGAGUGAUGCUUCAGUUUUUAUUAAAUUUAUUUCAGCUGAGGUAUAGCAAAUAUUUUUCGUUUACCAUGAAUCCGACGCAAUUGAUAACAGUGGCUGUGGCAAGUUCUGUUUUAUCAAAGAAAAAGACUAGAAAACGUUCGGUAUGGACUAAAGAGUGGUUGUUAAAAAGAAAAAAUGUUCUCAUAUAAAUUUAAUGAAUGAGCUGAAGUUACAUCCUGGAGAUUGGUUUAAUUAUUUAAGAAUGGAUGAGCAUACUUGUUUUAAAAAACACGUCGGUGAUUGUCGGAAAGUCCACACAUUACGAUUAUAAACGACAAACGGUACACCCCGUCGUGUUUAAAAUCAAGACCGGACAGAAAUAAAAACCGUCGGGUUUCAUCAUAGUGUAUGGGAAGCUUAACGAUAAUGAUAUCGGUUUAUUUCAUUGUGCACUUUCACCGUUCAUCGAAAUUCGCUCUAUUAAUAAACGUCGUAUAUAACAAGAACGCUAAUAAUUAUCCGUGAUAGUUACUAUCACGAUAAUAUCACAACAUCGAUUACCGCGAAUCACAAUAAUAGUAUUUGUAUAGUAAUUAUAUAGGUUUGGGUACCAAUAUAUUCUAAAUUCAAUACUAAUUUAUUAUUAUAAAUUACCUUUUCUGUGUGUCUGUGAUUUGUAUUUAAUUUUUACCGUUUCACGUUUAUAUACAAUAAUUUUUUUCUUUACGUUUACUUUUAUUAAUCAUUAGAUAUACAUUUUUGUCUCUUUAUAUUACAUAUAAUUAAUAAUCUUUAAGUGCUAUACAUAUAAUAUAUCAUCAAUAAUUUUACUCGUGUUUAUAUGGACCUAUACACGAGCAUACUCUGUGAAAACCAAUACUGAACCUAGCUGAGUAAAAAUAAUACUCUUUUUUGAGAAAUAAAUAAAAAAAAAAAAAUAAAUAAUAAUAGUUACUAUUAUAACGCGGGCCGGGAUUUAAGCUACAAUAAACUACGAAAUUAUAAUAUUAAAUUAUUGAUUAGUGAUAUACACGACUAAAAUAAUUUAUAAUGUAAUAUUAAUAACAAAAAAAAUUAUUGUUAUCUAGAGAGAAAAAAAUUAAGUAUAUCGAUUAUUAAUAUUGCGCACAUUAUACAGGAUGAACCGUUUUUUUAUUAUUAAUAUUAUUUAUUCACAGUCCGUUAAUCGAUAGUUAAAAGUCGCGUAUAUGUGUAUCAUGUAAUAAUUGUAUACCCCACUAUAAAUAAUGUAAUAAUAAUAACGUUUCGUAUCAGUAAAAUAGCUGAUUUUCAUAAUGAAAUUAAUUGGCUGAAGCGUAUAUAAUCGAAAAAUUAAAACCGCAUGGUAAUGUUUAUAGUAACAAUUUCACUUUAUCCUAUACACCUAUACUAUACUAUAAUAAUAAUAUCAAUAAUAAUAAUAAUAAUAAUAAUAAUAAUAAUAGUACUUUAAUAAUAAAUUAGAAACAAUCAAAAUCGAAUGGAUUCAGUCAGUAUGCGUAGUCCGUUAGUAAUGCGUGUUCAUUUCGAUACGAUUCUAACAUCAGCAGAAAUUAUUUUUUCUUUGUUAAAGAGUUCCCGUAACCGAUGACCAAUUCGAAUAAUUAAAAAAAAAUCUAUCGCGAGCAAAUAUUGUACUAGUCUAUUAAUUUUGUUCGUGUCAACGGUUGUGAUUUUUGAACGUGAAAUUUUUAAGUAAUUCAAUUUCACACAUCGUCAAUCACAGAGUAGGUAUUAUUUAACGAAACGCACGUCAAGGAACCAGCAAUAUUUCGAGUUAACGGCCAUAACCGAAAUCGACGUUUUUUUAAAGGUACUUGUAAAAUAACUGUAGCAGGCAUAUUAUAUUGUAUGCGUUUUCAUCAUUUUUAUCGUUCGGUAAAAAAAAAAAAACAACAAUAAAUAGUUUAUAUCGCACUGCAUCUCGUAACCCAUAACGAUUUUGUAAGUAGGUAUAAUUUUAAUUCACAUAUUUUUACUUGGUUUUUUUCAAGAGAUUCUUAUAGGAUUUCGUACAUUUUGAACGAGGAUUUUUGAUUUUUCUCAAGCGACAAAUAGAUAUUUAAUUUUAUAAUUUAAUGACUAGUAAAAUAUAAAAUUAUUAUUUAAAAUGUACAAACGAUAUUAUGAGCUUGUAGAAUUCUCAAACAUUUUCGUUCGUUUUCCGAAUUAUCGACGUAAAACAGUUUUUUACAUAAGCAACCGCAGAAAUUUGGGGGGAAGGGGUAAGUAAUAUAAAAACAAAACAUAAUAUAUUAUAUACGUAAUAUAAAAUACGUUUUAAUGUAUGUAAUAUAUUUAUAAAAAUGUACCUAAUACAUAUUAGGUACAUUGUAUUAUGUAAACUAACCCUAUUAGGUUACCACAAUGUAGGUUAUUUAUUCUUAAAAAUAAAUUGUAAUCGCCUUGUAUCUCUUAAGACACGUAAAACAAUUUCACCAUACAAAUUAUUAUUUCUUAUAAGAUCAUUUACCUACCCUAUAUCUAUGUAUAUUUAUCAUGCAUAAAGCAUCGAGUCUUUCGUCCGUGAUGGUUGAGCGUAUCCAGGUUUUAACCCUUCACAACGCGCUGCAGGGCCGUUUUGCAGUACAAGUAGUUGCCGGGAUUGCCAAAAAUACUGAUUGGUAAAAUAUUUCUCUUUUUUUCAGUAUAUCUAAAACAUUUUUUGAUUUCUAUGCAAUUUAAUGAUGGAAUAUAGUAUGUGGGAAACGAGGUGGGAAACUUGACACAUAGUUCUAAAAAUAUACACACAAUCAAUCGACUAUCUUAUCUAAUGUUUUUAUGAUGAUGAUCUUUUUUUUGUGUAAUCUCAUUUAAUUUUACAUAUUUUGGAAAUCUAGAGGAAGCGAGAGAAAAUACCCUACCGUGUGCCUAUGGUGUUAUAUAGAACAUCACGAUGGAUGCCAAUUGAUAAAAUUAAAAAAAUUGCUUUAGAAAUUCGGUUUUUUUUUUUGUUUUGUUUUUUCGAGUAUAUUUUGGUGAUUUCCCAUCAUGCAGUGGCGGAUUCUGAAUUUCAACCGGCCCAGGUGAAUUUCGUUUUACCGGCCCAAUUGUUUGUUUUAUAUAUCUGUGGACUCGGCACAUUUAACCACCUUGGCGUAGUUCGUUAGGCAAUCAUAUUAUCUUAAAUCGCGAUCAUUUUUGUCUUCAUUACCAAAGACGUAUUGUAAAAUACGGUGUAGGUAAUACAAAUUAUGUUUAUCGCGAAACAAUAUUUUAAAAAAUAAAAUAGAACAUUUUUAUGUGUAGGUAAAAUCAGUUUUAUGAUAAUAAGGAUAUAGAGUCAUGAUCGUGCUCUAACCCACCGGGAAGCUUCACAAUCCACCACUGCCAUCAUGUUUGCAUAUUUAAUGUAGGUUUUUAGGGAAUAUAUUAAUUUUUCGCGUUAAAAUCCGUGGAAAAAAAUGUUCAUCCACAUUGGAUUGGAAUAUGAACGGGUAAUAACAACCUGGCAGAUCUUUAAUUUAUUUAUAUUUUAUAUAUCGAACACGACGCGAACAUGUGCACUAUAUCGUCUUUCCGACUUUGUCGAUUUGUCGUAAUAUUAUACUCACCUAUACUAUACGUUAAAUGUAUGUAAAAAAAAAAAAAUAAUAAGUAAAUACAACGCGUUAACUGCUGCGCGCUUCAUAUACCUUCCGAAGAGUCCGCGUCUGUUUUUUUUUUUUUUUUACAACACAAAUCGAUUUAUUCCUAAUUCGUUGGUUGAAAAGUCAAAAAGACAGAAUACUUUCAUACCGUAUGCGUAUAUGCUAAAAUACGUGACAGAGUCGAAAACUCAUACACGACAAAUUGCAGGUGAGCGCGUCACACAAUAUUUAUACUUACGAACUCGCAUAGUUUCCGAAAAUGUCGACUCGCUCGCUGCAACAGUUUCGGCGCGGCAAAGGCUACGCGCCGUCGGAUUCCCCGGCGCCAAAGGGUUUUCGGUCUGUAUAUAUUUAAUAUGUACACUUAAUACAAUAUCGUAUAUACCUGGGCCGGUAGUGCGGGCAACAAACUCGUCGAAAGAAUGUUUUUACACGGGAGGUGGGCCGGGGGAGGGAUGAGGCCAUAAAUUAAAACGAAAGUGGCGCGCGCCGUAACCGGUGUAAUUAAUAAGGAACGUUGAGGGAUUUUCAUUUAAUUUAAGUGAGACGGCGAGUCCCGCGAGUGCGCCGGGACCGUUUCGCCGGCGACUGGGUUCCACGGGUAAUUGUUACGGGCGCGCUAACGAGAACAGCCCGUAAUCCGUAAUAAUAAAGUCGAAGAAGUAUUACUCUUGUGUCGCUUUUUCGGUGGGUACCGCGAGGAAAUAAAACGUUGUUUGAUGACGGACGUCUCGAGAUGACCGAUGACGACGCAUAUCGGACCAGGCGAUGCGUACCGAGAAAAACGCGACCACGGAAGCUGUUUUAGAAAAUGCUGACGAUUAUUUCUGAGAGUAAAAACGUUUUUCGAUAACGUUUUGGGAAAACGUAUUGCACGAGAAAAUUACACGCUAAACGAAAAAAAUGAAGACUAGGAGAAAAUUAGGAGGAUAGUAAAAUGGAAUAUUGGCGUAUGUCUGUUUUGAAUUUUAUCAAAGGGCGUAAAUUAUAAACGUAUAUACGAUUUUUCCCGAAAUUUCGAGACGAUGAAAAUCGGACGUACGUUUACUGCUUACUGCCAUUUUUGGAUUUGGGUUUUUUAAAACUACAAUCAUUUAUAGUACGCUAUUAGUUUGUAUUUGUUUGAUAUAUUUCAGACUUUGUUUGGAUUUCCUACGUCUAUUAAAACUAAAAUACUGAUGAGAGGCUGUAGAAACGUUGCUCAAUCAAAUAUAUAUAGCAGUACACGGGAACCAUGUAUAGAACCAGCGUUGAGUGUUCUUUUAUCAAGCUGGCCGGUAAAAUAUUUUAUUAGUUUUGAAACGAAAAAAAUGUAGAAGUAAAAUAGAAUAUUAGUUUUGAGGACCAGAACAAUAACGCUAGCCGGGGAAGCUAACGACAAUAAGGAGUUAUAGGUUAUAGUUAAGACUAAUAGUUUUAAUUAUUUAGGAUCUUUUGUAAAAAAGAAUGGUGGCUUUCAUAAACAUAUGAAUACGAUUAUGAUAAUGAUAAUUCAUGAUAUUGUGUGGUUGGAUAAAAUGGAGAGGAGUAAUUUGUUUAAUUUGAGUAAAAUGUUUUUAAAUUAUCCACUAUACAUUUAUAUAAAGACAUACAAAAUUGGCAAAUAAAUUGGAAGAGGAUGAGUCUAUAUUCUAAGAAGUAGGGUUUAUUUUUUAUUAGCCUAGAGACUACCUAAAAAGCGCCUCUGAAUAUAAUCCACAAGCACCGUAUUGUCGUGGUUGAAUGAAAAACCACGUCAUGGUUUACGAAAAAGCCGAAAACUAAGAGUGGUAUCAAGAUUUUUUUCCUCAAGCAAAAGCUGAUUACAAGUAAUCAACUAAUAAUUUCACUUUAACCAAUAAAUAUUAUUUAUUGUAAAUUUGUUUGUAUAGUCAAGUUAUUUGAACUUUUACUUUUACUUAUAUUUAUUUUGUGUUAAUAAUUUGUAUUCCAAAAUUUGUAUAUAUAAGGUAAGUAGUGUAUAACAAGUUAUAUCCCUGCAGGUUUUCUUUAGCUAUGAUGGAAAUCGAUCAACGCUAACAAUUGAAUUAAUAGUGUGUCCUCUGAAAUCGGGUAUGUUUUAGGCAUUUUUUUUUUAAUGAAAUAAAAGUUUGGUUUUAAGUACUUAAAUGUUUGGUUUUUUUUGUUGAUAAAAUCUCAUUUAGGUAUCUUAUUUAAUAAUAGUGAAAUCUUAAUUUAUACGUACUCAUAUUUUAAUACAAUAUAAGCGUUAAAAAUAAAUAGUACGACUCGUAUGUGUGUUUGUAACACGACUAUUAAAUUAUUUAGAACCAAAUGAACCAAUUAUAACUGUUGCGAAACUAAUAAGAAAAGCAUAACGUAGGCACUAAUCGUUUCUAUAUUGUAUACAGGAUGGUCCCAUGGAGAUUGCUGAUUUCCGUCAACCCAUUGACGAGAUAAUUCACUUUUCAGUUUGGUCAGAUCGAGAGUAUUGGUACAUCAUUUGUGGUGGCAUGGUGUGUGGCGUUUGAAUUUUGUCCGACUACUCUCCUCCUACCCAAAUGCAAAAAUAGAAUAUCUCGUCAAUAUUUUGACAGAAAUCAAACAUUUCAACAUCAAUAUGUAUUUAAAAUAACACGUUUAAAUAUAAGUUGUAAUUUGAAAAUCAAAACUAGGUACCUGCACCUAGUCGAUUUACUUCCACAAAAAUAAUAAUAAUAAAAUAUAAUGGCGAUAUAACAUUUUAGAAAUGUUUGUUUAUUCAAUUUACAAAAAAAUAAAAAAGUUCAUACUUUCCAUAAUAUGUUAACGAGUGUAUAUUAUGUUUGUGGGACACUCUGUAUUAUAUUAAUGUUAGUUCGUAUUUGUUUUAAUUUUUCGGAAUGAAAAUUUGUAACCGGUAAUUAUUAUAUGGCAAUUAUUGUGGCAAUUAUAUUAUUCGAUUAGAUAUAGUUUUGUUGUUAUCUGUUUCGAAUUCGAGCGAAUCAACUAACUGUCAUACGUCUCAUUAUAUUAUGCUGCAAGAUACCACAUUUAAUUAGGUAAUAAUGUAAUAAAACUAUAUUGGUUUUUAAAAACGACUGAUGAUGGAUAUGCUAUAUAUGUAUAUGUAUUUUUAUACAGAUGACAAUAAUUUUCUAACAGUAAUCACAUUAACGAUUAUUGGAAAUGCUUCAAUAUAUUUUAUCUGUUUUAUUCUAUAACUUUUUUUUGUUUAUCGUGUAGCCUUUGGUAUAUAUUACUGAUCGGGAGCUGGGGUAUUUAUAUAUGCAAAAUAAUUCCGAAUGCUUGUAUAGUCUGGUGACUGGUCCGUAACACACAUUUUUCCAAAGUGUCAACCGUGGUUCCCCUCCAAUCGUAUUAAAAUGAAAAAAUGUUCAUCUGUUAAAGACAUCGCUGCCAUACAAUGCGUAAACAAUGCAGGUAAUUUAAGAGAUCCGUUUGGAUAUUUUCUAUUAUCCGAUUAUACCAUCAUAAGUCAUUCAAAACAAUUGCUGGAAGUCGGUUUAUUUAAAAAAUAAAUACAUUUGUUGUUAUUUACGUAAUAUAGGAUACGAUGUUUUACAAAGGAAAACUGCUUACGGAAUCAAAGCCACUUUUGCACAGGUACGUAAGUUACUUUUAUUACAUUUAUGUAAUGCUUGAAUUAAGAAGGAACGAAUGGGUAUGGGGCCCCUUUACAGUUUUUUUUUUUUUUUUUUGUUUUUUCAGUGUCCCAUUAUAACUUAUCAUUUAUUUUAGGACGGAGGAAUGGUGCGUAUCUUUUUGCAAAUAAUUUAGAUAUAUUCAAUAUUUUAGAUAUUUUGUACAUUAGUAACGUUAUCGUUCUAUCAUAAAUUAUUAUCAUUAUUGUAUCUCCUGUAUUUUACAUUUGCUCUGAGUGAUAAUUAAGGUUGCGAUUUCAAUGAACUUUGCUGAAUUACUUACCAAAUCUUGCUGCUCAUAUUGUCACAAAUUUAUUUCUUUUAAUAUUGAUUGAGAAUAAGAGAUUUUAUUUCACAUUUUUAUUUACAAUUUUUACUUUAAAGUGAUUGUCUUCAUUAUUUUAGAGCAUCAAAUGUGAAAUUUUAUUUUAGGAUUUUUAUACACUAACAUGUUCUUUAUAUACCGAGAAAACAAUCAGUAAUAGGAAUUCGUAAUAAAUUAUCGGACAUUGAUAAUGAAGACAAAGAAAUUAUAAAUAACAAGUGGCCAUAUCUAUGAGAAAAAUCAACGCGGUACCUAUAAUUAAAAUCACUACAAUCCCUGUUUAAUAAUCUGUUUGAGUAAUAAAAUCGAUAACAACAUGGCUAUACACUUCAGUACGAGUAACUCUAGUUAAUAAAUCCAAUUCGAGAAUGUUCAGUUCAAUCUAUACAAUUUUUUUAGAAUAAUUUAUACUCAAAUAUCAUUUAUACCCACAAAAAUAAUUAAUAAUAUAAACAUUUCAUGGGUUAAAUCGAAUUACAUAGUCCAAGAGACGCUUAUUUUGUUUUAAGUCUCAUAGUCCUUUUAUUUUUCCAAGUCGAUCACUGCAUUUAUGUAUAGUGAAUUAUGAACAAAUAUUAAUAUCUCCCAUAACCUUAUACUUUUGAUAUAAAAAUAUAGUUGCUGGCUACAAUGGUGCAAAGUCUGUUGCUGGUAAACGUUGGAAUGGAGUUGUCGAUCUGUACAAUAGUGAUCGGUUCGCUUUACAAAAAUCCCAAUGCUGAGUUCCAUCUGUCAGUUACAAAUUCAUCUUGGUAUGGUAAGUACAAAUCAUGCGUCAUAAUAAUAACUUUUAUCCAGUAUUUUAUUCAUAGUACAAAGUACACAAUUCAACAAAACGACAUGAAACUAAUGCUCGUGUGUUUAUGAAUUAGUGUAUUUUUUUUAUUUUGUUCAUCUUGAAUUUUAUUAUAUCAAAUUAUUUAAAAUUGCACACAUUUUGUUUUAUGUUAAACAUGUUUGAAAAAUAACUAAUAUUAUCGAGAUUACAUUAGACUCAAAAAAUUAGAGAUUUAAAAUAAUGUCCGAAAUCUCAAAAAUAUUAGCCAGCAAACCAGAUUUUCUUGUUGGAUUCUAAUAAAUAAAUAAACUAUAAUAUAAUAUUUUCGAUUCGUCAUAGAUCAUUUACAUUUGAAAAUGUCAACGAAAUCAUUGUGAUUUAAUAAAGUCAUGUUUAUAUUUGUAUGCCAAGCCAGCUGAUUAAAAACAGUUUUCUACAUUUUUUUCGCAUAUAAUUGCAUAUUUUGAUGUAUUAACAUCUCAAACUAUAAUUAUAACAGUUCACGAUGUCACGUAAGCGUAUAUUUUUGCAGAAGAAUUUUAAAAAUCAUUGCGUGAAUAAUUCAUAGAAGAAGAUGAUUAUUAUCUUCCACGCUAAAUAAUAUUAUUCUUCGGUAUUUAUAAUAGACGCCGUAAAUUUCGUCCGUAAAUAUAUAUUUUACCGUGUGUCUACUUAUUUUUUAAAAAACGACAUUUUAGAUUAAUGGUUACCGAAACAGUGUUGAAUUUACCAUAAUAUUUUCAGGAAGCAUUCUCUAUCUGUGUCAACCAUUUGGAAGUUGUUUGUCGGGCUACUUGCAGGUGACUUAUGGUAAGAAAUUUUGUUCGGUCGUGGCCUGCGUACCCAGCAUCAUCGGCUGGAUAAUUUUAUCAUACUCAAAUUCGGUCCCGAUGCUGUAUCUAUCCACGUUGACAAUGGGUAUUGGUUUGGGUUUCACCGACGGCCCUGCGUACUCGUACAUAGGCGAGAUCAGUGAACCCAGACUCCGGGGCAUCAUGGCAUGUGUGAUCAAUAUGGCCUGUCUGAUCGGAAUGUUAGCUACUUAUGGCCUAGGAUCCAUAUUCCACUGGAGGACCGUGGCCAUGCUGAGCACACUGUGUCCGUUAAUGUGCCUCAUCUUCAUUGCGUUCGUAAGUUCUCAAAGAGUUAAUUAUUUAUUAUACGAAUGUUGUCUUGAUAUGAUCACUGAAAUUCGAUGAUGUCUGGCGUGCCAUGUAUAGAUACCGGAAAGUCCGAUCUGGUUACUAUCGAAAAACAAAAAUGAAAAAGCGAUGGACGCAAUAUGUUGGUUAAGAGGAUGGGUGGACCCGUGCGUGGUUUCGACCGAAUACCAAGAGUUAAUGUUUUAUUAUAAAACUUCAGUGGAACAAAAAAAAGUGGUCAAUAAUAAUACGGGUUUGUUUUCAUCGUUUUCUUGGCUCAAGAGUUCGUCGGUAUACCGGCCUCUGCGAUUGACAACCAUGUACUAUAUAAUCACGUUGAUUUCGUGUCUGACGACUUGCCGUCCUUAUAUCAUGGAAAUGAUGAAAGAGUCUGGAGUAAAAGACUCCCAAAGCAUAGCAUUAGUUAGUAUUUCGAUAAUUUCUCUUAGUAAAAUAACGCACUUCGAGUUUAUAAAUUAAUAUUAAUAUUUUAUUUCCAAGGUACUAUUUGGAUCGAUGCAAUUGGCCGGAAGUCUAAUGCUCACUUUCACCAUACAGAAAUUAGGCAAGAGACUGUUGACCAUCAUGACGUUGAGUAUAAACAUUAUAUCGAUAUUCCUGUUCGCCUUGUACAUUAUGGGUAUUAGGAGGGGAAUCAUAAUGCCCAAAGCUUGCAUACCGAUCAUCAUCUACUCGGUAAUAAUGUUUUCGGGAGCCAUGGGCGUGUUGACCGUGCCAUGGACGUUGGUCAGUGAGGUAUACCCCAACGAGUGAGUUAUCGCUUACGCUUAUAUUGCGCUUAAACUAUUAGGUAUAAUAUAUUAUAAACAACUAUUUAUAAAACAUUUAACUAUUAUUAUGUAGAGCCAAGGGAUUCGCUUCCAGUUUGACCACUUCAAUUUUUUACAUUCUAACGUUUUUGGGGACUAAAGUGUUUUUGAACGUCCAGAAUGCGUUAGGCUUGUACAACACCUUCUUCAUGUUUGGCGCUCUCAGUUUUGCAGGACUUAUAUAUCUCUAUAAUUAUUUGCCAGAGACCGCGAACAAAACCCUAUUGGAAAUCGAAGAAUUUUUCGUGCCUGAACGCGAAAAGCAAACUACAAUAGAGUCAAAGCCGUCCAAACACCGAUACGGUGAUUUAUAA